UAUCGUGCAAAGAAUGUUAAUAUAGUUUGCAGUGUGUGUUGAUAUAGUUUGCAGUUGAUAUAGUUUGCAGUGUAUAAGAGGUUAUACAACAACACCAUUGCGUUAUAUAAGUGACCGAGCCGCUGGCCAAUGAGAGCGCGCCUCGCCUGUCACGUGACGGCGCCGAGCCGAGCCGAGCCGACUUUGGGCGAAGCAUAGCGAGACGGAGCCUGUUAGCCUUCGCAAGCUAGCGACGAGUUGGCGACGCGGGCGGUAACAAAGGUGUUCUUUUGGCGGCGGUUUCUUCCCCAACACUAUUGACGACGCUCUUAUAGGACCGCGAAAAUGGAGCGGACUUCACCGGCAGUCGCUUGGAGUGCGGAGGGCGGAAAAGCGGCCAGCUGGUCGUUAGCUUCGGAUGCUAGCUUAUGUAAAUAACCUAACUUGACUGCACUUUCUUUGUUUAUUUUUUUUAAUUCUGUUUAACUGAGAACGUCGGUUGGCCGCGUAGUGAAUAUUAUUCAGCUUUUUUUUUUUUGUUCAAACCGGAAAGAUUUUAACACCGACUCUCCGGGCACUGCGAUAUCGACAUCGACCUCCGAAAACGCAAUUAAUUUGAAUAGUAACACUGUACCGUGUUCAAAUUCACAACGGCCCGAAAGUCGUAAACUUAAGUAAUUUAGGUGCAAUUUAGUUGAAUUACCUUUUUUUUCCUGUGCUUAAGUAGUUUUAUAACAGCCAGAAAGUAGUAAACAUAAGUAACCUUGAUAUCGACCCAAGGAGGAAUUUAAUUUAAUAACAUUUUUUCUGUGCUAAACUACUUGACACGUAGUACACACAAGUAACAUUGAGGUCGCGAUUUAGUUGAAUAAUAAAAUACAAUUCUGUGCUAAAUUAGUCACGUAAUGAUCAGAAAAUAGGAAAGAAGUAAUAUUGAAAUCGAAGACGCAAUCUAGUAGUUGAAUUAUCACUGAAGUAGUUGUGUAACGGCCAGAAAAGUCGCAAACAUAAGUAAUAUUGACGUUGAACCAAGGCGCAAUUUAGUUAAAUUACCCUUUUUCUGUGCUUAAGUAGUUUUAUAACGGCCAGAAAGUAGUAAACAUAAGUAACCUUGAUAUCGACCCAAGGCGAAAUUUAGCUUGAUAACAUUUUUUCUGUGCUAAACUAGUUGUGUAACGGCUAGAAAGUAGUACACACGAGUAACGUUGACGUUGCAAUUUAGUUGAAUAAUAAAAUACUGUGCUAAAAUAGUUGUGCAACAGUCAGAAAAUAGGAAACAAGUAAUAUUGAUAUUGAAAAUGCAAUCUAGUAGUUGAAUUAUCACGUUUCUGUGCUGAAGUAGUUGUGUAACGUCCAGAAAGUAGUAAACAUAAGUGACAUAGGAGGCGGAGAAGGGAGGGCAAGGGGGCGGACUCCCAACUGUAUUACAAAAUAGAUCCAGAAUGAAUCUGAAUCUGCCCCCAGUGGGCAUCAGUGGUUCAUAUUCGGGUCUCCGGGAGCUUCUUUCUCUGGACACUAUUUGAACUUUUAAGCCGAGUAGAGACUUCUGAGGAGGACCAUGGAGGUCUGCUCCCACCCGGCAUUCCCGGGGAUCUGCCCGGAGAUGCUGGAGGUAGCGGAGGAAGCCAGCCGGGCAGGGGACUUUAGCCUGGCGGCCGAGAUCUACAGCUCGCAGCUGUCGGGCCUCCAGCAGCCGGACCGGGGCCUGUGCCUGAGGAAGGCCGACUCUCUGGCGCGCGCCGGCCGGAUCUCGGAGGCGCUGGACUCGUACUGCGCGGCGGCCGGCCUGGGCAAGCUGCGGCCGGAGGAGCUGACGCUGCUGGUGGAAAGCAUCGCCCGGAGCCUCCGCGACAAGGAGCCGGGCCUGGGCGGGGACGACGGGGAGGGGGACGACGACGACGGCGGCGACGGAGAGUGCGCCGAGGGCGAGAUUUUGGAUUUGUUCUCCUGCGGCCUCUGCAGGCGUCUCCUCCACGAGCCCUCCACCGUGGAGUGCGGACACACGUUCUGCAGACGCUGCCUGGACGGGGACUCGGUGACGGACUGUGUGCACUGCAAGCAGGCCCUCGUCAGGAAAGAGGGGCUGCCCAACGGCCGGAGACUCAACGUGGUCCUCAGCAGCCUGCUGGACAAGCUGUUUGCCGCCGAGAGCCGGGCCCGCAGGCUGUGGAUGGAAGGGGAGGUUCUGUGGCACAACCGGGACCUGACCGGGGCCCUGCACAAGUACGACCAAGCCGUGGAUUUGGCGCCCCCCUCAGGCAGACUGCUGUGCCAGCGGGCCGAGCUGCACCUGGAGAUGGAGAGCUGCACCCAGGCUCUGCAGGAUGCCAGCAGCCUCUGCAGGAUGAAGCCUCUCUGGCCCAGGGCCCACUACCUGAAGGCCACCACGCUGAGCCGAGCGGGUCGCAAUGACGAGGCCUUGCAGGAGUACUUCCUGUGUGUGGCGCUCAAGCCCAACUGGACCAAAGUCAAGCUGGAGGCUCAGAAGGUCCUCGGCCAGCUCUUCUCCUCCGUGUUCGAGAACCGAGACGUGCCCACGCCGCCGCACCCGCUGCAGGGCGGCACGGCCACGCGCCUCAUCAAGCCGCCCGCCCUGCUGACGUCGCUCAGCCCGCUCACACGGCCUUCAUCCUCACAGGACUCUGACUUGUGCGGGACUACAAGCUCCUCUGAGGACCAGCCGUCCUCCAGACUCUCUCUGGUCUCUGCUGAGACGUCCGACUGUGCUCCGGCCGCAGAGGGCAGCAAGAGUCUGGCUGCCGUCCUGGCCUCCGUAGCAGCGCCCCCUAGUGGUCUGAAGAGGAAGCAAAGUGAGGACGCAGCCUCGCACCCUCCUGCCAAGCUGCUCAAAUCUGCUGAGAGGACGUCAGCAGGAAGUGUGAGUGUUCCACUGGAGCUGUUGGACAGCGGUGACAUGGAGUGUUCUCUUUGCAUGAGGUUGUUCUACGAGCCGGUGGCCACGCCCUGCGGACACACCUUCUGCCUGAAGUGUCUGCAGCGCUGCCUGGACCACACCCCCAACUGUCCUCUGUGCAAGGAGAACAUAUCUGAGUGUCUGGCAACCCGAGGAUACAACAAGACGCUGCUGAUGGAGGAGGUGCUGCUGCGCUACCUCAGCAAGGAGCUGGCCGAGAGGAAGACCAUCCACGAGGAGGAGAUGAAGGAGCUCUCCAACCUGAUGCAGGAAGUGCCCAUCUUUGUGUGCACAAUGGCCUUCCCCACCAUCCCCUGCCCGCUGCACGUCUUCGAGCCUCGCUACCGCCUCAUGAUCCGCCGCUCCAUGGAGACGGGCACCAAGCAGUUUGGCAUGUGCAUCGCCGACCCGCUCAAGGGCUUCGCCGACUACGGCUGCAUGCUGCAGGUGCAGGACGUCAAGUUCUUCCCCGACGGCCGCUCGGUGGUGGAGACUGUGGGAGUCUCUCGCUUCAAAGUCUUAAGUCACGGCCAAAGGGACGGCUACCACACGGCCAAGAUCGAAUACCUGGAGGACAAAAAGGUGGAGGGGGAGGAGCUUAGUGAGCUGCUGAAGCUGCAUGACGCCAUGUACGAGCAGGCCAACAACUGGUUCACCUCGCUCAAAGACAACAUGAAGAGUCAGAUUCUCAGCCACUUUGGACACCUGCCUGGGAAAGACCCAAACCCUCAGGCCAAUCCAAGUGGACCAGCCUGGUGCUGGUGGCUGCUGGCUGUCCUCCCCCUGGAGAACCGGGCCCAGCUCACCAUCUUGUCCAUGAACAGUCUGAAGGGUCGUCUCCUCGCCAUCCGCAAGGUCCUCAUCUUCGUCACACGCAAGAGGCCACGAUGAUGAUGAUGAUGAUGACCUCAUCAAUGGACUGACUUCUUCAUCACCUGCUUCCUGCACACAUGACCAUACAUGGUCACAUGACACUUGUGGUCACAUGACUGCCUGACCACCUCCGAGCAUCCUUCUCACCUGCUCUUCCUCAACACUUCACCUGCAGCCCCCAUGCUUCCUUCCUCAAUAUUAUUUCUAGGAAAACAUCUAUUUUUAAAAAGACGUUAAUAAAAGUGUGUAUAUAUAUAUUUUUUUAUUUUUUAUUUUUGCUAAACAUCUUUUAAAGUUGAUUAUAUAUAAUUGAGGAUAUUUUUUUCUUUUUUUUAAGCCAAAUUUUUUUAUUUAAGCAUUGAAGUAUUAUUUGCUACAAUAAUUAGAAGGUUGUAAAAGUUGCUUCUGCUUGCAGAGUUGGACUAAAAACGUCUUUUUAAAAAUGGAUUCUCUUUCAACAAACAAACAAAAAAAAACAUUCUUAAAAUUGUAUUUAGUUAAAAAUCAAUCCAUCCAUUUUCUACCGCUUGUCCCUCUGGAUUUUUGGUGUGCACCCAAACUACUCUUGUAGCAACUCUUUUUCUUGUUGAACAACUUGGACCAAGGAAGUGGAACUUGGAGACUUCCCUGACAUCCAACAUGGACUCUAGUCGUCCCUCCGCUCCUUGGACUACCUUUUUUAUCGCCAAUAAAGAAAAUGUA